GGAGAGGGGGCAAUGGUUUGAAAUGUCAAAAUUACCGAAGAUUGUUUUACUAGCUUGCUGUGUGAUUGCAGCGGUCUAUUUUCUACUUAGUCUUGUUGGACAAAUCCAAGUUUCUAUAUCAUCUGAUGAAACAUCUGAAAUACAGCAUAAAAUAGUAUAUAAAACCGAAAGUGAAAAAGCUUUUCCAAGAGCAAAACUGACAGCAAACGCUCAGCGUGGAAAAUGUAAAAAGCAACUACCACAGGCUAUUAUUGCAGGUCAUCUCAAGUCCGGCACUGGUGCUCUGGUAGAAUUUUUAAAUGAACACCCUCAGAUUUCGUCAAGUAACAUUCGCACAGAUGUACAAUUCUUCAACAAGUUCUAUGUUUCUAGGGGCAUCAGAUGGUACCAAAGUAUAAUGCCGUGUACGUUUAAGAACCAAAUAACUAUCGAGAAAACAGCUCAGUAUUUUUCCUAUCCGAAAGUAGCUGAACGAAUUCGUACAAUUAACACUACGACUAAAAUAAUUAUCAUACUUAAAGAUCCCGUUAAAGUUGCUGUGUCGCUGUAUGCUAUGUGGAGAGAGCAUAAAUCAAAUCACGCGCAUGAAUACACGUUUGAAAGAAUGAUAUCGAAAACCAACGGAACUACUUUUGAAAUAGACCCAAAUUCUAAAAUCAUAAAAUUGUGCUCGUACGUCCAGAAUAUGAAACAAUGGCUGCAAGUUUUUGAAAGAACUCAAGUUCUUAUUCUUGAUGGAAAUAGUUUCGAUGAUCAUCCAGCUGGGACUCUCAAAGAUGUUGAAAAAUUCUUGAAUGUUAAGCAUUUCUUUGACACCGACCACUUUGUUUUCAAUUCUACGAAAGGUAAGUACUGUUUUCGGAGAUGGAACGGAAAAGUCCGAUGUUUACCAGAAGGUAAAGGCCGACCACAUCCAAAAUUAAAUGCCAAUGUUAUUCAAACUCUUACAGAUUAUUAUAAACCAAUGAAGAAAAUAUUAUUUAAAGUGAUUAACCAGACGUUAUGGUAACGAUAAUUCUAACGUUGAAAUUACCCCCAAUGGUUAAUAGCAGAAAAAAACGUUUUGAGAACCUCCACAGAAAGAGAAAUGGAAUUGAAGCAGACGACAAUAUAUAAUCAAUAUAUUGGAAAUCUGUCUUCAUUUAUAAAAGCGUUUGAUUCUGUUGGCAUAUCAAUAAAGUAAUACAAGAAAGGCGAAGAAUUUGAAUUUGAAAAU